CUCUGUGCCCACCCACUGCCAAGAGGGACAGGUCUCAAAGGUCAGGGCAGUGUCCCGGGAAGGAGGGCAUCGGCUCCUGGGAGCGGCCUUAGGACGCGGGGUGGACUCUCACCAUCGCACAGGAAGCCAGCCAGUCCCCAGAUGAAGUCCGAGCAGAGGUGGCAGAAGAGCACCUACAGGCCUCCAGCGAGACCGAGACAGCCGCAAGAAUAAUGGCCGCUCUGAGACACCCAAGCACUGCUAAUGUUGGUUCCAUUUUUGGAGCGCCUGGGACGCAGCGGAACUCGCCAGCACGGGGCGGCGCGUGACUGGGUUCCUUUUUGUCCCGGCCUGGCGAGAGGUCACGUGGGGCGUUACGCAGAGGCGGAACACUGCGACCGCCGCCUAAAAAGCUUGCUGUUUAGGGGCACCUGGAUAUCCCAACCAUGCGACCCCCGCGUCCCUCCUCAGCUAUGCUGACGUUUUUUGCUGCGUUCUUGGCCGCGCCCUUGGCGCUGGCUGAGUCACCGUACCUGGUGCGUGUGGACGCAGCCCGCCCGCUGAGGCCUCUGUUGCCCUUCUGGAGGAGCACCGGCUUCUGCCCCCCACUGCCUCACGACCAGGCUGACCAGUACGACCUUAGUUGGGACCAGCAACUGAACCUUGCCUACAUAGGUGCCGUACCUCACAGUGGCAUUGAGCAGGUCCGGAUACACUGGCUGCUGGAUCUCAUCACAGCCAGGAAGUCACCUGGGCAGGGACUUAUGUACAACUUCACCCACUUGGAUGCAUUCUUGGACCUUCUCAUGGAGAACCAGCUUCUCCCUGGAUUUGAGCUCAUGGGCAGUCCUUCUGGGUACUUCACGGACUUUGAUGACAAGCAGCAGGUGUUUGAAUGGAAGGACCUGGUUUCUCUCUUGGCCAGGAGAUACAUUGGUAGGUAUGGGCUGACACACGUUUCCAAGUGGAACUUUGAGACUUGGAAUGAACCAGACCACCAUGACUUUGACAACGUGUCCAUGACCACACAAGGCUUCCUGAAUUACUAUGAUGCCUGCUCUGAGGGGCUGCGCAUUGCCAGCCCCACUUUGAAGUUGGGUGGUCCUGGGGAUUCCUUCCACCCCCUGCCAAGGUCACCAAUGUGCUGGAGCCUCCUGGGUCACUGUGCCAAUGGAACCAACUUCUUCACUGGCGAGGUGGGCGUGCGUCUGGAUUACAUCUCCCUGCACAAGAAGGGUGCAGGUAGCUCCAUCGCCAUCCUGGAGCAGGAGAUGGCAGUUGUGGAGCAGGUCCAGCAGCUCUUCCCUGAGUUCAAGGAUACCCCUAUUUACAAUGACGAGGCAGACCCUCUGGUGGGCUGGUCCCUGCCACAACCUUGGAGAGCUGAUGUGACUUAUGCGGCCCUGGUGGUGAAGGUCAUUGCACAGCACCAGAACCUGCUGUUUGCCAACAGCAGUUCCUCCAUGCGCUAUGUGCUCCUCAGCAAUGACAAUGCCUUCCUGAGCUACCACCCGUACCCUUUCUCCCAGCGCACACUUACUGCUCGAUUCCAGGUCAACAAUACUCACCCACCCCACGUGCAGUUGCUGCGAAAGCCAGUACUCACAGUCAUGGGGCUCAUGGCCCUGUUGGAUGGAGAACAACUCUGGGCAGAGGUCUCAAAGGCUGGGGCUGUGUUGGACAGCAAUCAUACAGUGGGUGUCCUGGCCAGCACCCAUCACCCUGAAGGCUCCGCAGCGGCCUGGAGUACCACAGUCCUCAUCUACACUAGUGAUGACACCCACGCACACCCCAACCACAGUAUCCCUGUGACUCUUCGCCUGCGUGGGGUACCUCCUGGCUUGGAUCUUGUCUACAUAGUACUCUACUUAGACAAUCAACUCAGCAGCCCCUACAGUGCGUGGCAGCACAUGGGCCAGCCAGUCUUCCCCUCUGCAGAGCAGUUCCGACGUAUGCGCAUGGUGGAGGACCCCGUGGCUGAGGCACCACGCCCCUUUCCUGCUAGGGGCCGCCUGACCCUACACCGGAAGCUUCCGGUGCCAUCACUCCUGCUGGUGCAUGUAUGCACACGCCCCUUGAAGCCACCUGGGCAGGUCAGCCGGCUCCGUGCACUGCCCCUGACACAUGGACAGCUGAUUUUGGUCUGGUCAGAUGAGCGUGUGGGCUCCAAGUGCCUGUGGACAUAUGAGAUCCAGUUUUCCCAGAAAGGUGAAGAGUAUGCCCCAAUCAACAGGAGGCCGUCUACUUUUAACCUCUUUGUGUUCAGCCCAGACACAGCUGUGGUCUCUGGCUCCUACCGAGUUCGAGCAUUGGAUUACUGGGCCCGGCCAGGCCCCUUCUCCGACCCUGUGACUUACCUGGAUGUCCCUGCCUCAUGAGAGCCACUGGCUCCUAGUGACUUGUGAAUCUGUGCUGACUGGUGAAUGGAGUCAACCAGUAUGAGCUAGACUGCCAUUAGCUAGGCAGCUGACUGUCAGCUUCUAUUGUUCUUCCCCUAUUUCCCUUUAAAGUGUCUUUCUCUACCUCAGACUUAGGGUCAGUCUUUGUGGCUAAGCACUUUAUAGGCCCAGUUGGAGUGACCUUUGCCCACCUUCCUCCCCAUGCCCAGCUGUUCAAAAAGUUUAAAUGUGGGACUGGAAAGAUGGCUCAGUAGAUAAAGUGCUUGCUGUGCAGGCCCAGGGACUUGUGUUCAGAUAUCUAGCACUCAUGUAUAGGCUGGGCAUGGCAAUAUAUGCCUAUUGUCCUAGUGUUGGUGGAAGGGACAGAGACAGGCCAGGGUUCCCUGGCCUUCCAGUCUACCUGAAACUGCAAGCUCCAGGUUCAGUAAGAAACCCUGUUUUAGAAAAAUCAAGUAGAGUGCUUGGUACACACACACACACACACACACACACACACACAGAGUCUAAAUUUAGUUUCUUGAGCUUCUGUAAUAUCAAAAAUGAAGUUAUGUACUUCUGAAAUACAAUACUGCACAGAGUAAGCAUCUUCAUUCCAACAGGAAAAAGAAAUGACAGGGAAGGAUUUAAGUGAAACAAGACCAAAGCAUAGCAAGACAAACGUUAAAUCCUGCAGCUCCAUUCUCAGCAUCGGGGCCCAUGAUCCUGUGAUGUGCUGGACAGUCUGUGUCUGUGGUGUUGCCAUUUCCAGCCGCCAUGACCUUUCUCCUAGGCUGGUGUCUUGGGCUUCCUAUUGAUUCGAUAAACCGCGAUGAAUGAGCAGAAGCAUCUGGGUAGGGAAGCGUUGACUUCACUUGUAUUCCUACAUUACAGUCUAUCAUCGAAGGCAGUCAGGCAGGCACCUGGAGGCAGGAAGUCAUGGAGAGGCCAUGGAGGGGUGCUGCUUACUCAGACUAUGAUCUUACACAUCCCGGGAUCACCAGCCAAAGGGUGGGCCCCCACCCACAACGGUCUGGACCCUCCCACAUCAAUCACUAGUUUAAGAAAACAGGCUUAUCUAUAGGUCAAUCUUGUUGGGGCAUUUUUCUCAAUUGAGGUUCCUUCUUCCCAAAUGACUCUAGCUUGUAAUAAACUGAAAUAAAGCCACCCCAAUCUUGCCACACAUUACCUGGCCUCCCAAGUCUUCCUUUGAAAUCUGGGUGGAAGCCAACAUAACCCUGUCACUGUAACUCUGAUAUUCUACCUUCUAAGCCAGCAUCCUGUGGAUCACAGCCUACUAUCAGCUUGAGUGGUAGUUGAGGACUCCUGGGUCAUCCAUGGCUACAAUAAGCAUGAAGUGCCUGAGGCUUAGUCCCAUGCAUUUGUGGAGAAUAUUAUGAUGAUGAUAUCUAGUAGAGGGGGGAGGCUGUUCACCUCAAAGGGAACAGGAAGUAGAGUGGGGAUAGAAUUAAGCUAAAUACUUCUUCACUGACCCGCUUUGUUUAACUCAGCCCUGCAUCCUAAAGUUUCUAGAAUCUCCCCAAACAGACCUAUUACCUGGAAACUACCUUUAAGGUGUAAGCCUGGGCUGAUCUUAAUAGGCUGAUGUUCCUACCUUGGUUCUGGCCACGGGAAGAACCCUCUCUCCUUUAGUACAAACCCCUGGUGUGCCCCACCAGAGAGCCUGUUGGACACACGUGUCCUUAAUUCAUUCUGCACAUUUUUCUUCUCUCCAUCAGCACACAGAAGUUCAGCAUACAGAGGUUUGUGCUGAAAUGUAGGCGUACUCCCAAGCUCUCCCCAGAGUACUAUCACCUACUGUCCAGGAAAUGAGUCUGAGUGCAGUGCUCAUAUACACUGCAUGGCUACAUCCAAAGUCAGAGUUCCUCUGCCCUCAUGCCUCUUGAAGUGAACGAAAUGUGAUGACCUUCUGCAGGGUGUUUUUUAGUCCUCUGUGGACCCUAGGCUGGCCUUGGCAUCUUGGCUCACCUGUCCCAGAGUUACUACUAUUAAGAUUACAGGUGUGUACCACCAUGCCUGCCAAUUACCUCUCACUUUAAAUAAAAUAUGACAUUU